AUGAGCAUGGAUAUUAUGGGUUCCAACACGCUUCGUCCUGCGACCAGGAAUGACAUAGCUUCCGACGAAGAUCAACGCUUGCACAAUGUUGGGGUUGCGGCUCUCGCCGCCGUCGCGCAGUAUCCACACGCUGUCAACGAGGAGAGCAGUUCUUGGCUGGUGUCUGACGUUGUGAAUGCGAUAACCGGCAGUGCAAUGCCUCCGAACCCAUCUACGCCGCGGUCUUUCCAGAAUGAAAGCCAUUUAUUCUCAAAUGUCGGGAGGACGAACUAUGCGGCACAAUUCGACCCAGAGAGUGUGCCCAUCGAGUCAGCGAUCUUCUCCCCUCGGACUGAUAGCGAUGUUAGUGACUUAAACCUGGAUAUCACCGUGCAGCAACUGAUUGAGCGCACCGCGUCUUGGCAGACCAUGGCGACCAUCGAAAGCAACUACGACAGUCAAGAUGAUGACAUGUUGAGAGAUAUGGGUCUCACUUAUGACCCUCUUUUUGAAGGAAACCACUCCUCGCCAUCAACAAUCCCAGAUGACGAGCUUGCAGAUUUGAUUCGGUUCUACCCGGGCGAGGAAGAGUUCUAUAAUCAACGACAUGCCCCGUACACUCGCGCCGGGUCUCCGAUGAUGGAUGAAGUUAACCUUGACGCAUUCUAUGCUACAGUAAGCUACAAUGCUACCGAUCCGAACCUGCCACAGGCACCUGGGAACUUCCCAUUUCCACUAAGCGAUGACGAAAUUGAAGCUACGCUGCACCCUGAGACCGUCGUCCACACAACCACUUACGAACGAAAUCUUACAAUUGAUGAGUUCAUUCAUCGCUGGAUGAUCCAGACCAAUCUUAUAUACGAUGGCUUCCACACCGAAACCAGACCUCCUUCGCAGAUCCGCCCACUUUCAAAGAUGAUGAGCUGGAAACCGGCGUUGGAUAUCGAGCGGCCACCCAACUACAAACGCAACUUCUAUGAUCUCCAACAAAUACCGUGGAGGGAGAUCUUGAAAGUGAAGCGAUCUACUGCUCGCCACCUGCGCGAUACUUGGUAUACUUCAUAUCAUAACCUUGAUUAUUUACGCAUAGAGGGUGCCGAACGACUUCCAACGGAUGAGACUUAUUUCCGCGAGAAAUCCAUGCACACGGCGCACACGGCCUCCAUCGAGCACUUCCAGCUCCGCAAUUUGAUGUCGGUGCCUGCCUACAACACCGUCCAUUUUGCCGGUCGAUCAAAGGUCCACUCCUGGACUCCUGAAUUUGACGAAUUCCGCUGUCUCAUCGACCUUACUCGACCAUCCCCAGAAUCGGGAUUCCUGAGCGCGGUCAAAAUUUCCAGCAUGAAAUCAGCAUACGGCCUCACCAUGGCAGGCGGGUUCUGUGGCGAGUACGCAUUGCGCUCGUCCAGCGCAGAAGGCUCCGGCGCGAAGGGCCUCGUCACACCCGACUUCAAUGACGGCAUCACCAACCAUGUCGACAUUAUCCCCAGCCGCACCGGCCCUUCACCCAUCUGCGUCUUCGCCUCGAACGACAGACACCUCCGCGUACUAGAUUGCGAGACCAACGUAUUCCUCUCCGAUCAGGAACUCUCCCGCCCGAUCAACUGCACCGCCACUUCGCCCGACGGCCGUCUUCGGGUUGUGAUCGGCGAUUCCCCGGAAGCAUGGGUAAUCGAAGCCGACACAGGCCGGCCCGUGCACCCACUCCGCGGCCACCGCGAUUUCGGUUUUGCCUGCGCCUGGUCGCCGGACAUGCGCCACAUCGCCACGAGCAAUCAGGACAAAACCCUAAUUAUCUGGGACGCGCGCACCUGGAAGCCCCUCCAAACCAUCGACUCCGACGUCGCCGGCUACCGCUCCCUCCGCUUCUCCCCGGUUGGCGGAGGUCCCCGCACUCUCCUAUGCUGCGAACCCGCAGAUCGCAUAUCCAUAGUCGACGCCCAGCUUUUCCAGAGCCGCCAGGUCCACGACUUCUUCGGCGAGAUCGGCGGCGCUGACUACGCGCCCGAUGGCGGGUCCAUCUGGGUUGCGAACACAGACCCCCACUUUGGCGGGUUCAUGCAGUAUGAGCGCUGUCAAUGGGGUAGGCCGUUCGGUUUGACGGAUCUGCCGAAUGAGUGGCUGCGUGAGGACGAGUUGGAUGGGGAUGAUAGGUGUAUCUUGAGUGAGCGGGAACGGAGCUUGCGAUUUCUGCGCAAUUUGUCGGAUGAGCAGCACGAUGCGUUCAUUCUUUAG